UUCGUAAACAGGUCUAUCAGUCAAUGUACUUGUGUGCAUUAUGCAUUUUGUCUCAUUUUAAUAUUGUUUUGUUUCUAAAAUACAAUAAGUUACAGUAAAAACAAUCGAACUAAACCUGAAAAUGAAUUAUCCGUAUCAUGGAAAUGAAUAUACAAAAGCAGAUCAUUGAUUUCUUUUCGUUCUUUGAGGAAUUCCAUAACGUUUCUAAAACGUGUUUGAAAGAUUGCCAAAAGUGCGCAGUUACUAUAAAUAAGCUAAUUAAUCGGUGUAAAAACAUAAGAGAUGCCGAGGUGACCCAGACGCCAUUAGACGAAUUUGACGGUCUACAGGGCAAAUUGUGCGCGGCUUUACAUAAUAUCAUAUCUGAGGAAAUACAUGAACUAAAACGUAAUUUGGGCACCAUAGAAGAUUUAUUUGAUAAAUUGUGCAACAAACACAAAGUCUUCCGUCAGAGUUGUGAAGAAUUAGAUUAUACAGAACAGAGUAAACUUAUCAAAGGAUCCCCUCUUCAGCCUCCGUUGCAGCAACUCCUAGAGUUUGCAGAUGACGCACUGACCUUCGGAAGUCAAGUUUGUGCUCAGAUUGAAACCUCCAUUAGUGUUCUGACAUUUAAAGGCUUGAAAUCAGAUUCUUUAGUUGAUAAUUUUAAAGUUUCUAGCGAGUGGGGCAGACGCAUACCAGAAAUCAUAGCUUAUACCUCAUUCUGCACUGAAAACCAAGUUUAGAAAUGGAUUUACUAGGUUCAAUAUUAAAUUCCAUGCAAAAACCACCUUCAGCUAGCGAAGCACAGAAAAAUGCUGCCAAAAAGCAAAAAGAGGCUCUAGAGCGCAACCAGAAAGAGGAAAAAAACAUGUUAAAUAGAUUUAGAAAGAGAGUUGAAGAUAAAAUAAGUUAUUUUGUUAAAGACGGGUCCAAACCACACUUAGCAUUUGAACCAAUGGAUCAAACAUACAGAGCAAUAAUUAGAGAUGUCGCUGAAAUUGCCGGUCUACAAGUAUUUUCAUUUGGCCAAGAUGGAAUUGAUAGAUAUUCAGUAGUUUAUACCAAAGAACGCCCACCAUCUGAAGAUGAGUUGACAGUACGUAGAGCAGGUGGUAUUUGGGAUGAAGAUAAGGCAGCUGAAAUGGCUAAAGAACGUAUUGAUAGACAAAAACUGGCAGCUUUAGAGUCAGAGGAAGAAAAAAAUAGAAAGCGCAAGCGUGGCAAGGAAGAACUUAGCGGUACAUUUUAUAAACAAAAGUAUGCUCAUUUAAUUGGUGAAAAUGCUGCUUUGGGAGCAGCUCAAAAGACAAAUAUGAAUAAAAGUUAUGGAGAAGUUCCGAGUGAGAAUAAAAAAGAUCAGCGCUCCAUAGAACAGACCAUGGCAGAUAUAAGAGCUAAGAAAAUGAGAAAGGCAGAGGCUGAGGCAAAUGAAGAUCAAGCUUAGCCUGAUUCUAUAAACUAAUUAAACAAAAUCCAAAAUAUGCAAUAUUAGCCACGUUUGGACUGUGCCUCUUAGAAUAGUUGUGUGCAUUGUUUUUCUCUUUCUAUCUCAUGGUACUAUCUAUGAGACAACUAUGCAUCAUUACAUUUCUUCCACGUAAACACAUAUUUUAGAUCAUUAAGUUUAUACUGCCUGAUUAGCCUUUAAUAAUGAUAGGUAUUUUGAACUAAGUGUCAAUCUCUAGAUUCCUUUAAAUAUUUAGAAUUGAUCCAUCUUAUGACAGCUAUGAUAUGCAAAAGACCUUUUGCUCGAAAACAAAUUUAAUUGAUGACAGGUCUCUUGUCACUGAGAAUAUGAAAGCAAUUUAUAAAGGGUUAUAGUUCGUGUCAUCCAUGAUGGCGCGCAGAUUUGUCCAAUCUAACCUUUAAUAACAUGAGGUUCCAGUGGAUGUCAUUCCAGAUCUAGAGCAGAGCCCAACUGGGGAAGUACCUCCACCUUACAGAAAACAGCAGCCAAAUAACACUAGACCCUACUCAUAGUGUUGUGUUCCUGCCGGUGAGUAAGGUUGCCAGAGCUCAACGAGGGGGGCGGGUUUAGGGUCGGCAACGCGCAUGUAACUCCUCUGGAGUUGCAGGCUUACAUAGGCUACGGAGACUGCUUACCAUCAGGCGGGCCGUAUGCUUGUUUGCCACCGACGUAGUAUAUAAAAAAAAAAAGGAUGCGAGUCCAGCACGCGUCGUCGUUAAUGACACGACCUAUAUUCCCUGCUGACACCACCAUGUUGUUCCCACUGGUACAAUCAGAAUCAAAUAAAUAGUCACGGCCAGUGUCCAAAUAUAUUGAAACAAACCCUUACUUGUAUAGUAACAACAGCAUGUUACGAUAUAUAUGGCCACUUUUGCCGCCUUGUUUAUUUGACGCCGACUACCUCUUGAGGAAAAAUCCAAGAUAAGGAGGCUAUCCACAAAGAAUUUCGUACAUUGCCCCGUUGUUUCUAUCACUGUCGUACGCGCAUUAUCAUAUUACUGUCUCGCUCACACAGUGGCAUGCAUGGGAGCAAUAUAACUAUGCACGUGCGAUAGAGAUGAAAACAGGCGGUCAAUAUACGAAAUGUUUCGUGCUUAGAGUCCUUUCUGUAGUUACUAGACUGUACUUUAAAAAUAACCGUAAGGCUGUGGUUAAUGCAAAUAAUAGAAAGCUACCAUAUCUAGGGCUUGGUGCUCGUUUCGACCGACAACUACUUAUCCAAUACUAGUAUUUAGAAGUAAUUAUAAGUCAGUAGAUAGACAUUAGAUAACUUAUAAACAAUUAUUGUCUAUAUUCCAUCAAAUAUUUUUUCACAAGAAAAUGUAGGUGUCUUUUUCUAAUUUUCAGAAAAAAUAGUUUUUUUAGUAAAUAUAUUUUUUCUUUGUAUGUAUUUUGAACGGAGAAAUAGAAGCAUGUUUCCUUUGUCCAAAGCAUAAGUACUCCCGAUUUUGGGUCAUAAAUCUGGGUAGAAGAAACCCUUUUUUUUAAAUAAGUCUACUUUUUUCUAAAAACGAACGUUUGGCACCAUAGACAAAGGUAAUUGUAAAGUACUUAUAGAGCACCAUAUGGACUACAGUCAAAAUGUAAUUUUGUUAAGCUACAUUUAUUUGUAAUGUACCUAUAGAUUAACCUUUUAACCGCUUAGAAUUUUUCACUGAGCGUGCUCGUUUCGCCGUCGGCACGAAGUUACACGAAGUUUUGUCUUUUAUAAGACUGUGGCGAAAUAGACUGGAAUAUUGUGUCAUAUAUCAGUUUAUGGCGGUUAAAAGGUUAAUAGCAAUUGUAUUUGUUUGCAAUUGGCUACUUGACUGUUUUUUGUAAAUAAUGUCAAACGAUCUUGAUUUUCCUGAGGAUCAAAUGUCUAUAUAGGACUCAUGGCAUUUAAGCAACACAAAGAUCAGAAAUGAGAGUUAAAGUCUGACGCUCGCGCUCGACGAUUGAAACGCCUCUAACAAAAUGAUAAGGUGAUGUGACGUCACAUCAUAUAAGUCUGUCCUAAAUGUAUGGAAGAUCAAGGAAAUUGCCAUUUUGACCCUGAAAUAUUGCGUUUAUGUGUAUAGUUGUUGUACAAUUUAUUUUUCAUUAAAAUGUAAAGAAUCGAAUGGCACCAUUUUCUUUUCUAUUUUUGAAACACAAAAAAAAUUUUUUUUGAGACUUCGGAGCCUUGUAUUUUUCAUAAUCUCAAUAUAAUUCUUUAAAUUCCACUUUUGAUAGUGGAUGGCUCAUUUUCUAUCCAUCUAACUAAAUUUUGUUAUAAUAUUCAACAUGUGUCAAGUACCCAAUUACAAUUCAACAUUUAUACAAUAUUCAUACAAUAUAAAGUACAUUCAGCGAUAUAAGCUUGUACCAAAAAUGUUUUUUUUGCCAAAAACUUAUUAUUGAUUGUGAGAUCAAAUGCCGCAAUGCCGGUCGUAACAUACGGUUCCUGAACACAUAGAAAGCUUAUAAUAUAUGCGUAAAUAAAACAGUUUACGGGAAAUGUAAACUCGUUGAUUUUAUGAAACUUAAUUUCGUAUUGCCUUCUGAAUAACGGACACGGUAGCCUAUGGAUAUCUGCUAUGGUGUUAAAACAGUUCUUCAUUCAGAUCAGUUCUUAAUUUGUUACAAAAAAGUAAUUAAUAAAUGAUGUAAUCAAUAUAAUUUGUGCGACUGUACCUAAUAUGAUUUAUGAUUUUAAAAAUUGUAUUGUUUUAUUUUAGUUAAUUCGACUAGCAACUGAAUAAAUCAAAUAGGUACAUCCCGAA